AUGGAGAAGAAAGCUGAAGGAACUGUGGCGAUUAUAUUGCUGGCUUUAAUACAAGGUUUUCCGGCCAGUGGUGCUGUGGAGGUGCUGCCCUCCAUCAACCCUGCAGUGGUCGGGAACUCCGUGACGCUGUCUCUGUCUCCGUCCACGGCUCUGAACAGUGGCAGCUGGGCAGUGGGGGGUUCCCUCAUCCUCACCUGGACCGGGGCCCAGCAGGCCGUCUUUCCCAAUCACACGGGCAGGGCGACAGUGGAUGUCCAGACCGGAGCCCUCACCCUGACCUCCGUCACCGUGGCCGACUCGGGGGACUACACUGUCCAGAGCACUAGCCCCAUGCUUCAGGCCAGCGCCUCCCUCUCUGUUUAUGAGCUCAUCUCAAAUGUGAUGCUGACGGCCAAUCAAAAGGACCUGGUGGAGUUCAACAGUGCGGCAGUCUUGACCUGCUCCGUCUCCUCUGGAUCCUCUCUCUCUUUCCUCUGGAUGAACGGCAGCUCUGAGGUGACAGGAAGUGACAGAGUUCAGAUCACAGAUGGAAACUCCACUUUAACAAUAAAUAAUGUGACCCGCUACGACAAGGGACCCUUCAGCUGCCGUGUGAUCAAUCCUGUCAGUAAUGGCAUCAGUGGUCCGGUAAACUUCACCAUCAGCUAUGGUCCGGAUAACAUGGCGCUCACAGUGAAUGGACGAAACACGACUUCCUUUUCCGCCGGAUCCAAUCUGACCCUGCUCUGUUCGGCACAGUCCAAUCCUGAGGCUCAGCUGCAGUGGGCGUUCGGAGGAGAGCUUCUGAACACUACGGGUCCACUGUUGGAGCUGCUCAUUGUUGGCGAAAAGCAAAGCGGAUCGUACUCCUGCCUGGCCUUGAACAAUCACACCAACGUGAACAGCAACAUCACCACCAACAUCAUGAUAGCAAAGUCUCCGUUGUCAGGAUCUGACCGACGAGCUGUCGAUGUGGGGCUCCUGCCGCUGCUGCUGUUUGUUGGAUUCCUGUCUUCAUGGCAAGGCAAGUUGUAG